AUGUCUCAACCUGCGAACUCUGAUGUCAACGGCAACAAGCCACCUGUUGCCGAUACUCUGAAAACCGCCAAACUUCUUGCUCAGAAUGCGUGGGGCGCCGAGAAUAAUCCCGCUGCUUCAGACUAUCGUUCCGACUGCACCAGUAGGCCAACACCUUCGAUGCUGAACGCCAUCGUGCAAUGUACGCUGCUUGACGAUGUGUUCAAUGAAGAUCCCACAACCCAGUCACUCGAGCGCUUCAUCGCCGAGCUAACGGGCAAGGAAGACGCUUUGCUAGUCGUGAGUGGAUCGAUGGGUAAUCAAGUGGCACUCCGGACCCAUCUUGUUGCGCCUCCCCACGCCAUCUGCUGUGAUAGAAGAAGUCAUAUUAUUCAGCAUGAAGCUGGGGGUGUUGCUACGUUAUCGCAAGCUAUGGUUCAACCCAUCGAUCCGAAAAACGGCAAAUACAUUACCCUCGAGGAGGUCCAGGAAUAUGCCGUUAUCUCCGACAACGUACACAUGUGCCCUACGCGUGUGAUUGAACUUGAAAACACACUUAAUGGCGUCAUCAUGCCGUUGGAAGAGGUGAAGAGGAUUUCGGCAUGGGCCCAUCAAAACGACAUUUUGGUGCACAUGGAUGGUGCUCGCCUCUGGGAAGCUGUAGCAGCGGGAGCCGGGUCUCUAAAAGAAUACUGUGGCGAAGUGGACAGUGUGAGUUUGUGCUUCAGCAAAGGCCUUGGAGCUCCCAUCGGUAGCAUCAUAGCGGGCACGUCAGCCUUCAUAAAACGCAGCAGAUGGCUUCGAAAAAUGAUAGGUGGCGGUCUGCGCCAAGCAGGUGUGGUAGCAGCACCUGCCCGCGUCGCUGUCGAGGAGACCUUUCUUGGUGGCAAGCUCGCGCAGUCACAUGAGAACGCUCGAAGGCUGGAGAAGGUGUGGAUUGAUCUCGGCGGGAAGCUGAAGUAUCCCGUGGAUACCAACAUGGUUUGGUUAGAUCUGAAGGGCAGUGCAGUUGAGUUGGAUAAGUUUAUUCAAACAGCUGACGAAUUGGGCGUGGUGGUCAAGGGUGAGAGGUUUGUCGUGCACUAUCAAAUCAACGAAGAGGCUCUUCAGCGCGCCGAAAAGUUGUUUGAACGUGUGCUUAAGGCUUGA